UUUUUGGACAAUUCUAUCUAUUGAUUCAAUAUAUAUGAUUAACAAUAAAACUGAAUCAAAUCAACUAUGCCAUUCAUUAGCUCAUAGUUUAAAGGGCCAACAACAUGAUAAUAAAUCCAAUAUUUUGGCCGUUGGUUUAACCAGAAAAAAUCUAUUACUUAUAACGGAAAAUUAUUUUGUAUAUGAAUUAUCCAUAGAUUCACUUGAUUCAAGUAUUGAUCAAUUAUAUUUAAAUGCUGAACCAAUACCAAUGUCGACAAAAUAUCCGGUUCUUUUUGAAUCGAAUAGAUUGGAAAAAUACGAAAAUAUAUUCAAUGCAUUCAUCGUGAUUGAUAAUGAAACUGAUUGGCUUUGUUUGACCACAUGGUUUCAUAUAACAGAUGAAAAGGGCAUUUCUUAUGAUCUAAAUAACCAUGUUGUUAAACCAGGUUUUAUAUUCACUGGUAAUAAACGUGAAGUACUUAUAUCAACGAAUAAAUCUUGUAGUUACUAUGCAUUGAGUUAUUCAUUGAUAACAAAUGGAUUGGAAAUUGCCACUUAUAAAUGUCAAAAAUUUAUAACUGAUUCCAUUAAAAUAGUUAAUCAAUUUCGAACAAUUUGUUUUACUGAUGGACAAGAAAAAGAAAUCAGUAUCCAAAAUGAAUAUGAUGAAAACUGUAAAAAUUAUCCAGUAAAAUGGCCAAUAAUGAAAGGUUUUGUGGCUGAUGGUCGUUUUUAUUUAUUCGAUAUGAAUAAUGUACAUAUUUUCAAUGAAGAUUUUUAUACAAAAAACAUAACUGUAUCAGUUAUUCAACGAAAAUAUUCAUCAUUUUUCGUAUGUCCUGGAUCGAUACCGGAUAGAAAACAUAGUAAAAUUUUAAUGAUAAUUUUGGCUAUUUUGCUUACAUUGUUCUUGAUAUUAUGCUGUCUUUUAUAUAUUCGAAUUGAAAAUUAUUCAAUUUUUCGUCGUCAUCAUUCAAAAACAAUACGUUCAGCAUUGGAUCCAAAAAACAUCAUAAACGAAGCAAAUCUAUUGAUACAUCGGAUGUUGAACAAAGUAAAAAUGAAUCAUCAAUACUGAAUAAACAUACAGAUACGACU